UACAAAAAAAAACAUCUACGAUAUUCCGUUUGCGAGGGAUCGACUAGCUUCACUUUCCAUGCCUGUUCGGUUUAACAGAAGCCUACUGUACUCAGCGGAUUGAAAACAAAAUGGGUGGUUAGUUUAUGGGUGGAGCGGGUUUAAACGAAAGGUUAUGGCCUUUCUAAGACCGUCGCUUUGAUUAAACGAAAACACCACGUUCUUUGCUAUGUAAAGCGACUAAGUUCUAUGCGCGGCCUUUGAUGUGCGAUCGGGUGUGCUUAGCAGUCUUCUCCACGUCGCCCACGUAGCUGCUGCAGCUCGAGUAAAUUCAACUAGGUAAUCUAUCCAGUGACACUGUGAGACAAGAGGAGAAUGUCAGCCAGAGGAGGGAAGAAAAAGACCACCAAGCUGUCACGCUCAGCCCGGGCGGGGGUCAUCUUCCCCGUUGGGAGGAUGAUGAGGUACUUGCGCACAGGGACUCAUAAAUACCGCAUUGGCAUGGGCGCUCCUGUAUACAUGGCAGCUGUCAUUGAAUACCUGGCAGCUGAAAUUUUGGAGUUGGCUGGUAAUGCAGCAAGAGACAACAAGAAAGGCAGAAUUACUCCACGGCACAUCAAGCUAGCAGUGGCCAAUGAUGAGGAGCUCAACCAGUUGCUCAGAGGUGUAACCAUAUCGAAUGGUGGCGUGCUGCCUCGCAUCCACCCUGAGCUGCUCUCCAAGAAGCGGGGAGCAAGGGCGAAGGCCGAUGCUCAGGCGACAGUCUCAGAGAAGACAGAAAAGCAGAUCAAAAGUAUGAAGAAAUCCUUGACCAAAAAGAGCAGAGGGAAGCGAGGACGCAAAGCCAGGAAGAGCACAGAGAAUGACAAAGAUGCGUCCAACAACUUGAGAGUUGAGGAUGAACCAGGAGAAGGAUUCACUAUUCUUUCAGCAAAGAGUUUGUUCCUUGGGCAAAAGUUGUCUCUUACAGAGAGUGAAAUUGGCAAAAUUGGAACCAUCAAAGUGGAAGGAAUCAUUAAUCCCACCAAUGCAGAGAUUGAUCUGAAAGAUGGAGUUGGUGGUGCUCUAGAGAAGGCUGGGGGAAGAGAUUUCCUGGAAGCUGUAAAAGAACUGCGCAAAACACAAGGCCCUUUAGAGGUCGCAUCAGUUGCGGUUAGCCAAGCCACUGGAAUGGCAGCACGUUUCAUCAUCCACUGCAAUGUCCCACAGUGGGGCUCUGACAAGUGUGAGGAUCAGCUGGAAAAGACAGUAAAGAACUGCCUGUGUGUGGCAGAGGAGAAGAAGCUCAAAUCUGUGGCAUUCCCAUCUUUGCCAGCUGGAAGAAAUGGUUUUCCAAAGCAAACUGCAGCCCAGCUGAUACUGAAGGCCAUUUCAAACCAUUUUGUUUCUGCAACCACUUCCUCACUGAAGAACAUUUACUUUGUGCUGUUUGACAGCGAGAGUAUUGGCAUAUAUCUGCAGGAAAUGGCUAAGAUGGAUGGAAAGUGACUAUUACAUCAGGCAAUGGGAGGGUUCCUUUUGUUGUAAGUUUCAUAGCCUGGAUGCUAGUCUGUUUCACUGUUCAUCAGAUGGGAUAUCUUUACCAAGUGUUUUCAGUUAGGCAUUACACAAGGUAUUACAUAAUACUACUUUCAUGUAAAGUGGUAAUAUAAUGCAGUACUUUUACAGACUUUGCAGACUUAUUUACAUUUACUAUGUGAAGUAAUGUAACCUUUGGAAAUUCCAAAUUGUUUCAUUUAGGCAUUCUGAUACCACCAAUUUACCAAUCGCUAUUUACAUUUUUAUCCAUAUAUUGUGUUUGGAAUUUGUAUUUGAAAUGUAUAUCCUGCACUGGUAGGAGGUGCCGAGGUUAUUAUAAACUUAAGAUGGUUUACGUAUUCAAGCAUCACAUGAGCAUGUAUUAAAAAUUUCUUAAUUGUGACAGGGUAUUGAGUAGGCUAGUGAGAGUGUAGGGCUGUGCAUUUUGAAAAGCCUUAGAACGAACGCAGGCCAAUAUUUAUUUCCACUUUAUAAUUUAUACCUAUUAAUAUGUCAAUAAUAUAUGGCAAAUUUAUUAAUAAAAUUGAUAUCUGAUAUCUGAUCCUACCCAAUACAUGCAAAAAGAUGCAUUACCAAAAUAAAGGUCUACCUACCUACUUUUGCUCUUAGAAAUAGGCCUAUUAUACUUAACAGCUAGGAGAAAUUUUAGAAACAAACAGCAAAAAUGAUUGUUUUUUAUUAUACCAUUAGAAUAAAUUAUAAAAGGUAUUUUAAUAUCUGUAUCAUUGUUGCAAUCUUCAAAAGGUUGUUUCCUCUUGGAUACACCAUGUUGUGGAUACUAGUAUUUGGUUGACAAAUAAUGCCAACUUUCACUACUGUUGAGCCAGCAUUUAUUUAAUUUACUAGAUCAAUAGCUGAAGAACUGAUGAAAAUGUAUUUUUAAAAGAGUGUCCAGCCCAUCCAUCAUAAAAAAAACAUAGCACCUCUUUCCCUUUUUGUGUAAUCAGUUUCCUUUUGAUAAUCUACAACCUCUAACAUUAAAAUGCUAAAAUGUGCAUUAUUUAGAUUUACUUCACCGAUGUAUGCAUUUAAAUAUAACAGAGUAAUGCUUUAUUGUUAUUUUGUAAAAUGUAUACCUCCAGUACCAAAAUUAAUUCAUGGAAGUGGAGAUAAAUAGAGAUAAAAUAAAAAAUAUUGCCUAAUAAACGUAAGAAACAUUUUAGUGAGCGCUUUAUUUUAAAUAUGACAUCAAACAAUGAUAUACAAGGUUUAAGUAAUUUUUACCAGCAAUGUCACAUGGUUUUUCAUUGCAGUUACGCAAUUCCAUCAGUAAUUAAUGGAGUAGAAUAGUUCCCAGUAUGCCAGUUAGGUAGACUUGCCCAACAGUAGUGUAUGCUAUUUUGUGAAAGGAACACAAAAUGUAAAAGUGAUGUAAAAGUAAUCAGUCUUACUUGCCACAGAAAGUAAUAUUAUUGUAAUAUACCAUAUUAAUAUUAUUAAUAAUAACAUUAUUACAUAUAAUUAAAUGUAAAAAGUAAUUUAUUUUCUUGCCUUGACAGGCUUUAGCAUCCAGGCUAACAUCAGCAUUCAUUACUACUGGUUUUCCAGCUAGUGUAGUGUGACUGCGGUAGGUAUAUAGGUUUCAGAACUGAUUUUCAUCUUGUUUGUUGUUUUUUUUUUGGAGGGGGUGGGGGGGUGGGGGUUUGGACAUACAAAAAUGUUUGAGUGAAAUACAGUAUGCUUAUAUGUUACACUGUUGUCUUUUAUGACACUCAUUUAGAGUAGAUCAAAGUUAAAGUAAUUUUUGCCAUUUUGUUCCUAUCGCUUUUACAUUCCACAUUGUACAAAGACUUUUGACUGUUGUUAUUUGGCUAGAUCCCACAUAGUUUCUGAUACACUCCAUAUACUAAGAAAGUAUUUCUCAUUCUGACUUGGAAUAAAAAAAAAAAAAAAAAAACCCAAAAAAACCCCCAGAUGUUUUACCAUAUGUCAGGCUCUCAUCUGCAGUCAGCAGUGUCACUUCAUAGCUGUCCAUUUAAUUGUGGUAAAUAAAUGUUUAGUUCUAUCUGUUUUGGUUAAUAGAGGCUUUUUAUAAUAUAUAAUGAGAUAAAGGCCUCAAGUCAUAUAUUAAGAACUAAAUAUGCAAAAAAUAAAACUCAGAUGGUAGAACCCA